AUGUCGUGUUGUGUCGCCGGUGGUCCCGCGGCCGACUCCGACGCGGCCGACAAGAUUCGGCGCGUCGCGCUCGAGGCUGUCCAGCGCGAGAAGCUUUCCGAGAUGCAGAGCGCCCUAGAUAAGCUGCAUGACUUGCCUGUGAUCGACAGGGGUGGCCUCGAGACGCUCUCGAUAAAAUGUGCCCCGAUGUUGGACGUGGACAACCUGGACUCUGCGUCGCCUUCUCAGCUUCAGUCCCAGUUUUUCAUGCCCUGUACCUGGCCGCAUGUCACGGACUGUCAGUCUGAGGAUUGCCAAAAACGAAUCAUGGAUAUUGCUGAUUCCAAGAAUAUUGCCAUUUACAACAUUUUUGCCGAGGGCGUCGAGGAGGCGGGAAGCACCGAGAACUACGCCCUCGCACAGGAGGACACUCAGCAAGGUUUUACUUCCCAGGCUUGUCUUUGGUACCCCGAAGACGAUUUUGAGAUUGUCUAUAUCGGAGAUGAAGUCUACGACGGCCGUCAAGCGCGGCUUGCAAGCCUCCCUGUUGGAGGCGAGAAGUCGACAAUUACAAUCACUCCUAACCCAGUCACCACGGACAAGGCCGAGUUCUCCAACGUCAGAGUUCUGGGAACAGAAAGCGAUGGCGUUGUGCUUCAGGCAAGGACAAGUAUCCCUCUCGGCAAUGGCACCGUCCUUCUGCCUUACAAGGACAAGGGCGGCAAAAUGACAAGCACCGAACGAAUCUUUGUCUUUCCUCCUUGGCCAGAAUACACGACCUGGCCGCUCGAAGUUCACCACAGCGACAAAGUGACUAGCAACCCAGCACAGAGUUUCAAGACUCAUGAGCCUACCCUACCAAUUGAGCCCGCGGAUCCGAAGUUUACGCCUACGCCGACGCCGACUGAGACCUCGAUCGAGAACCCCAACCUAACAGAGUUCCAGUCUCACUGCACAGAGACAGAGUGCGAGGGAGAAAAGGAUGAUGAUGACCGUGGGGCUUUCAUUUUCUUCCGAGUUCGGUGCGAUGAUCUUUGGUUCUUCAACUUCUGCAUCGACACGAAUAAUCACAAGAUCAAAGGCUGGAAAUUCCGACUUCGCCAAAGCAGCAAGUUCGGACCUGGCCCGCCUCCUAUUGUCAUUGACUAUCCCACGCAAAUCAUCUACCCUCCUAUCCUGCCUCCUUGA